GCAGUGGCAGUCUGGACCUUGUUGGCAACCUGUCCUGUGCCUACCUCCUCCGUGCCUCCCAUCCCUCUGCUCCCAGCCUGCCAGUCCCAAUCGGCAGGCUUAAAUACUCCGUCUGUCAGUUCCUUGGCAGAACGUACGGCUUUCAACAUGCAUCCAGCGUUGUUGAUGGUGGUGGUGGCGGUGGCGGGCGGGGCGUGGGCCGGCAUCCCCAAGGUCACCCCCACCGUGGGCGAGGUGUGGCCGCGCCCGCAGUCCGUCGUCUCCCAAGAAACCUACGUUAUUGUCAGGCCAGAAACUUUCUCGUUCACCGUGGUUGGACACACGUGCGAGAUUCUGACGGAGGCGCUGCAGAGGUACAUGAACAUAAUGUUCCCCUCCACGACUUCUAAGAGGACCCAGCACCCGUGGACUAAGGAUGGCAACUUCAGUGCUUACUUGGACGUCUUGAACGUGAACCUGCUGGCCGCCUGUGAGGAGCAGCCAUACCAAGGCAUGGACGAGCAAUACGAAAUCAAGAUUGACAGCCCAGAUGCUCCAGGGGAAGGUUCCCUCAUUGCAAUGAGUGUGUGGGGCAUUCUAAGGGGUUUGGAGACCUUCUCUCAGUUGCUUGUGCCAAACUCUGGUGCAUACAAUGUCAAGUCUACACAAAUCAGAGACUUUCCCAGGUUCAGCUUCAGAGGCCUGAUGCUGGACACUUCACGACAUUACCUUCCUCUCACAAAGAUUCAGCAGACCCUGGACCUCAUGGCCAUGAAUAAGUUCAAUGUUUUCCACUGGCAUAUUGUGGAUGAUCCAAGUUUUCCAUAUGUGAGCUCUGCAUAUCCUAACCUCAGUGAACAAGGAGCCUUCAGUUCAAGCCACAUAUACACUGAGGGCAAUAUCAGUAAUAUUGUGCAGUACGGAAAAAUGAGAGGCAUCCGUGUCCUGCCUGAGUUUGACACUCCAGGUCACACACAGUCUUGGGGUUCCCAGCCUGGUCUGCUUACAACAUGCUACAAAGACAGCACUCCUGAUGGAACUUUUGGCCCCAUAGACCCCUCCAACAAUGCAAACUAUGAUUUUCUAAAAAAUCUCUUCACGGAAGUUACAAGUCGCUUUCCUGACCAUUAUAUCCAUCUUGGAGGAGAUGAAGUCAGUUUUGACUGCUGGAAAAGCAAUCCAAACAUCACAGAAUUUAUGGCUCAGCAAAACAUCACUGGAGACUAUGCUAAAUUAGAAGAAAUUUACAUUACCAAACUAAUUGAUAUCGUCAGUAAUCUUCCAACUAAAAAUGGGUACCUGGUGUGGCAAGAAGUAUUUGACAAUGGAGUGGAAAUUGCUGAGGAUACACUGGUGCAUAUUUGGAAAAAUGGAAAUGCACCUCUGAUUUUCAAGGAGGAACUUAAGAAGGUAACUGAAGCAGGUUACAACACAAUUCUGUCAUCUUGCUGGUACCUCAACUACAUCAGCUAUGGUGUGGACUGGUACAAAUAUUAUGAGUGUGAUCCGCAAGAUUUUGAUGGAACUGAUGCUCAGAAACAGUUGGUAGUUGGAGGAGAGGCAUGCAUGUGGGGAGAAUAUGUGGACCGGACUAACCUCAUACCCCGCACAUGGCCCCGUGCCUCUGUGGUGGCUGAGAAACUAUGGAGUAGUAAAGACCACACCAAUGACACCAGCUCAGCCUCUCCUCGUCUGGAGGAGCACCGAUGUAGACUCCUUGACCGAGGCUAUGAUGCUGAGCCCAUUUGGCCAUCCUUCUGUGCAUCUGAUGUUUCUGAUCCUGCAUAGUCUGUGAUAGAUUUUACAUGCAAUGCCAAAACCCUGAAGCAACUUGUCUCUUUCUAUACAUGAAAUUCAACCUCUCACUCUUCUUCAGUGUUGCUUUCCUUGCUAUCUUUCUUUGCUUUUUCCUUGCUUACUGCUCUUCUGAACUUGCUAACUUGCUCCACCACUCCACAACACAAAUUUAUAUUUUCAAACUUCAGCUUAUUCCUAUGCUGCCAAUCUUAUUCAACAACUUCUAUCUUAGUUUGGGGGAAUAGCAUUUUUUUCUUUUUCUGCAUACAAAGCCAUAAGUCAGUGGCUCACUUGAAAACUGCAGCAUGAUCAUCUUUGAUUGUAUCACUAGAAGUUUCAAAUUUUCCUUUUUUUUUUGUGUAUGUCUAAUGUCAACAUCUGUGAUCAGUUUACAAAGCUCCUUCUCGAAGUGACACAAAAAAUACUCUUGGGUCUGUCAACAUUGUUCCUUUCUGUCAGUGUUACUAGUUAUAGUCUGUUUAUUUGUAGCUUACACUGCUUUGGUAAGCUCGUUGCUGAUUGGACAGUGGUUUGAUGCAGCCUGUCUCCCAUUUGUCUAAGAAACUGGCCUCUUCAUGCUACAAGUUUAACUUUAUUCUCUGUAGCUCACACAUGUGAUGUAUGCUUACUUGGUUUCGUCAUUAGUGGACAGUAGAAUGAUGGUGAAUUAUGACUUGUUAAAAACUCAAAUUAAUGACAUAAUAAACAAUGAUAAUGAGAGUUGAAGGUAAAACUGUGAAUAUAAAUGAUUACACCAUUUUUAAUUCAAUGCUAUUUAUCCACUGAAAUAUCAGAAUACUGUAGAAACAAUUAGUUAUAUUCAAUAGAGAAAUCUGAACAGAUUUUAGAUACAGUGGAAAGGGAGCAACCAUUUUAUACCAAGAUGUUUGCGCCAGACAAGUGACUUCCUAUCAUAAGGACAGUAACACGUGUGCACACACACAUUCAUGCAUGCACACACACACACACACACACACACACACACACACACUGUUUAUUUUGUAUUCAAUUUUUUUUAACAUUCAAAAUAAAUUAUUAUUCUACUCUCCACUGAUGAAGAAACAAAGCAUUACAUUAGCUAAUUAAGCUACUGAGAAUAGAAGUAAAACAUUUAGUGUGGAGAGGCCAGCUUCUUAACCUUGUCAUGUUUUUUGUGUGCGUGAAUAGUUCAGUUAGAAGAAAAGAUAAAAGCAAAGAUCAUUACCUGCAUUUUAUUUUAGGCGUUUUUCUGUCAAACAAAUUUUGAUAAAGUACACUUACUAAAUUUCAAAAUGAAGCCAAUUUGAUCUUUCUUACACUCCCUGAUAACUUAGCUGUAUGCAUUAGAAGAUAAAAUCACUAUGGGCUAAGUUGACGUGUUGGCAUUCCAUAAACUAAAGUUUAUAUUCAUUUUCCUACAAUAUUAUUUGUCUAAAUACAAUACUAUAUUAGAUAUAAUUGGGAAGGAAAUUUAUUGAGUUAUGUUAUGAAUUAAAACAAAAAUUACUUUAUCUUGAACUUUUUUUAUACUAGAUUAAUAUAAAGUGUACAUCUUUUGCAUGUUGGCAAACUUCCAGUUAUUUUUUGCAUGUAUUUUUUUCUACAAAAUAUGAUAAUGUACAAUUACUAAGCCUUACACUGAGACCAAAUUCACCUCUAGGAUGAUUAAUUACUGUGCUACAAGCAGUGGAGCUAAAACACUUCUAUGUGACUGUUCUCACAUGGCUUCAGAUGAAAUCAUAUGUAACUACCAUCUUUUGCAAACACCUCUGAUGUGAAAAGGUUCAUAUGAGUAGGAGACAGUGUGCCUCAGUCCCCUGUCCAAUGAGUGAUGAACUUACCAAAGCAGCAGCUCAAAUUACAAGCUAAAUUUGAACAGACUAAAGGAUAAACACCAUGCCUUUAUAUGCUCCUGUUUCUCAACCAUCUCUCACCCUUCUACCAGGGGUUCUUACACCCAUUUUGCAAACCCAGUAUUUUGCAUUUUUAUAACAAACACCAGUGUGGAAUGGAGUCAAAGGGAACAUAAAACAAGAUAAUCAGAUGGGAAUGAGGCUAGGAAACCACCAUUCAGAUAUUAUGCACAAAGUGCAUAACACAGACUAAGUAUUUGCUAAAGCUGAGAAAUACAUGAUGAAGGUUGAAUGAUACUGAUCUUGCAAAAUAGGAUGUAUAUGAAUGGGAGAACUGUAGACUUGCCACAUCUACAACAUCUAUGAACAUCCUAGAAAGCAUAAGACAUCAAAACUAUUAGACUUUAGUAAAAAUUAACCUUUUUAAAAAUGCCUAACUUAUUUUUUUCAUAAAUAUAAUCACUUAGAAAUUACAUGUAGAUAUUUUAUUUGAGUAACACUACAAUUAUCCGGUGUUAAGUGGUCUAAGUAUUUAUCACAGAUGAAUCUAAAUGUCAAUAAAACUUCUGAAUUGUGAUAUGCAAGUGAAUGGUCAUUAAAAUACUAAAUAUAUAUACAUAUAACACCUUGCUAUAAUCUAGAAAUGCAAAUAUUUCAGUAAGCAAUAUAGAUCCACUACCUUUGAAUGGCAAAUAAUUAGUCAAACAAACUUAAUUCAAACAGAUUAUAGUGUCAUUUAUUAAAAGGUGGUAUCAUGCAA